AUGCAUAGGGAGCUGAACAAUAACACUAUCACGCUCAACGAGGAUGUUGUCAUAGAUGUCCCUUUACCCUAUGACAGCCUGACACACUAUCGGAACACUUUGGGGCAUAAAGCCAACCACUCAACCCGUCCGAACGCCAAAUACGACGUAUUUUUCCAUCCCGUUUUCGGCGACAUCAAGUGUAUCCGCAGCAUACAAGAUGUGAAGGAAGGAGAGGAAGUCGUUGUUGACUACGGCUAUUCUCACGAAACAGUCCCCGAUUGGUAUAGCGCACUAAAAACGUAG